CAAUUUUAUUGGAUUUUUAAUUGUGGACUUGGUUGUUUUUUUGGUAUUUUGGUGGAUAAGUGACAUUUUUGACAAAAUGACAUUUGAUUGGUUGAUGUGAUUAUGUUUAUAAAUUGUGCCUACUAUGUGGAUUACUUUUCUAAUGGAUAGUUAAGUUAGAUAAUGCCAUCCGAAAAUGCCAGUCCUACUUCUAAGAGAAGACUCUGCCGCCUCUCUAUCCGCCUUGGUGGAAAAGGCUCAAAAGAAAUCCACACCGCUACUAGAAUACGACCUUCAGCUCAACAACAGCCAUCUUGAUUUAGUACUACUAUCCAAACCCGAUCGAAAAAUAAAUCUAGUUACGACAGACGAAGGAUUUGAAUCAGACAUCGACAGUCUAUCCAUAGUAUCCAGCGAUAACGAUAGCUUUACCAUUGAGAAACUGACAGAGAAUGAUUCCAAACCCACCACAGAGACUGAUUCCGCCAACGGCUCCUCCAGCUCAGAUUCCGACACGGAAACAUCGGAAACUAAGCCCUCAGAAGCGACGUUGCCGCUUCCAUUCCAACCGGAAGUCACGCCGGAACGGGCGAAAGAAAGCUUCAAUUUGGUCGACUGCGUCUGCUACACGGACGUCAACUGCACCGACAUCCUAAUUUUCGUCAUCAAAAACGAAGCGCUGGUGUUUAAAUUCGAAAACGUCGGUUUCAUGAAGAAUUUCUAUACCAAUUUUACCACCUUAAAAGCAGUCGCUAACCAGAAAGCUUACGGAAAAAGCCUAACGACUAGAUUUAAUUUACUGCAAAGGACUGAUCAGAAUGGAGUGACGCACAUAGAGAUUACUAAAGAGGCAGAUACACGAACCGUAACAAACGACGGCCCCAGUAGCAUCAUUAGCAUCAACACCACUAGCGAUAUUUUAGAUAAACUAGCUAUACAUAAGCAAAAAGAUGUUAACUCCAGACAGAGGAUAGAAUCGCAGUUGAUUAACGAUAUCAAAUACAACACGAUCAACUCGAAACUUGGAACGAAAACUAAGCUAAUAAUGAAAUCCAACUCAAUCGAAAACAUCCUGCACUUGGACGACAACAAAUCAAAUCUAGUCAAAGCGGAAACGAACUUAAAAAAAGUUUGGAACAGCGCCGAAGACCUCUUGGAUCCCCCGAAACGACCUCAAAGAAGAAAAAAGGGAAAAGCACCUCCACCACCUGUCCAGAUCGAAAAGCAAGAUGUGUUCAGCGGACAGUUCGUGAGAGUAAGCGUCAAUUUCGAUCCUAUAAAGGAUUUGGACAAAACCAGGUUGAUAAUUAAGAGUUCCAUGAACGAGCCGCAUCCGAAGAAGUUGCAGAAUUUCAAUCUUUUAAGCAAACCGGGUUUGUCUUCAAUUUUAAGACCCAAAGAAAGGCAGGUGUUGAAGUACGAACCUAAAAAACUGGAUGGUGUUUUGAAGAAGAAUAAAGUUUUAGAGAAUUGGACGAACUCGAUGCCUAGAUUAUUAAAGAAGAAUCCUAGAACUACCGUUGAGCAAAAGAAUUUCAUACCUAUGGCUUACAGGUAUAUAGAUACCACGCAAGAUUAUCCGUUGUCUUAUUCGACGUCCCACUUGAUAGAAAGGGGCGACGGUCAUUUUUCUGCCCACAGCCAAAAUCUAGCUCUGUCUAACUAUCUUAGAGGUGAAAAUUCUGUCCAGAAUAUCAACAAUAGACUAUUUGGACUCAGUUCAAAAUUGAGAGACUUCCCAGAGGAAGCUGGCGAUUCAAAGUGGAGUAUUAGCGAUAAAAAUAUAAUCGUUACUAAGGAUAACAAUUUAAAAAGCGUUAUUAAAAACAAUAAAGAUGAUAGUAAAAAGAAGAACGAUAAAAAGGUUACUUUCAGCGCCUAUACUACUGUACAAGUUGUUUGAAUUUUAUUAAAUGUUUUUAAAAAAUCUUGAAUGACACAUUCUGGUAUACAGUUGCGCCAAAGUGAAAGAUAAAUAGAGUUCACAUAUGCACGAGAAGAAACGAUAUAGAAUCGAUGUUGCUAGUGGAAUCAUUUAUCCAACGCAGUAGGCCUUGUUUAUGUAAAAACUAUUUAUUAUUCACUUUUAGGCAAGCAAAACUCGCCAGAUCUUGUCAGCCAUGCAUAUAGGGUGAUUCUUUAGUAGAUACUUUUUUUUUCCAUUAAAGUAAACACUGUUUUCAAACAAUUUUUUAAAAACUAGGAAAAAACAGAAGGAUUUAGGUAUGCUAAUGUCUUAAAACUAAUUGACUAAUGCACGGGCCCGGAGUUGGGUUUUUUAUUUUGUCACUUUUUUCUGGAGUAGCCACCGAGGUCGCCAUACCUAAAUCUUUGUAUAUUAUUUUUGAUUUUUUUUUUAAAUUGGUAUUUGAAAACAUUGUUUAUCUUAUUGAUUUCUAUACAUAAAUAAAAAAGAAGUAUCACCUUAGAA